CCGGAACAAAGCAAAGUAAACACGGUUCCCGCAGCGCUAUAAACGUUCAAUAGUGGCCUGCAUUUGAUACCUCCGAGCCAGCUACCGCAGUGUCUCUCCCCCUAUGCGGUCUGGCAGUUACAUUGAUUUCUAAUGUAACUGCGCGCUAUUGAAGUUGGUGGAUCAGACCAUCUACUAAUGGGGUGCGUUUUCACAUGUUACGGUCAAUUCGGAGGAGUUCACGCUAUGGAGAGUGAAACGAACGGAAACAUCUCUUCCCAGCUUCACCUGAACAACCGCAUUAACGCGAAUGACAGGGUUGACACCUAUGGGUUUGAGAAGCCUGAGGGUUAUGAAUCCUAUGAGGAGAUGAUGGCUCAAUAUGUAGCCGUUCUCACCAGGCAGUCUGUCAAGUGGUCCAAACUCCUGCAGGGGAAAGUCCACGUGGAAAAUAACCUGAAGGUGAAGCGGUAUGUGCGUAAGGGUGUGCCCAACGAGUACCGAGCCCAGAUCUGGAUGGCAGCCAGCGGAGCCCAGGAACACCUGGAGAAGAACCCGGGGUACUACCACUCUCUGCUGGGCACCGAGCAGCAGCACGACGCCAAGCUGGAGGAGACAGUCCGCAUAGACAUGCACAGGACAUUCCCCGAAAACGUGCAGUUCCGGAAGAGCUCUGAGCCCUGUCUGCAGAAGGCCCUGUACAAUGUGCUGCUGGCAUACGGACACCACAACCAGGUUGUGGGAUACUGCCAGGGUAUGAAUUUCAUUGCAGGCUACCUCAUCAUCAUCACUAAGGAUGAAGAGAAGUCCUUCUGGCUGAUGGAUGCUUUAUUGGGAAGAAUACUCCCCGACUACUACAGCCCGGCUAUGCUGGGGUUGAAGACGGACCAGGAGGUGUUGGGGGAGCUGGUAAGGGUCAAAGCCCCAGCCGUGUGGCAGACCAUGGUCCAACACAACGUCAUGUGGACCUUGGUGGUCUCCCAAUGGUUCAUCUGCCUCUACAUCGACGUUCUGCCUGUAGAGACAGUUCUGCGGAUCUGGGAUUGCCUGUUUUACGAGGGUUCUAAGAUCCUGUUCCGCGUGGCCUUGACUCUGAUUCGCCACCACCAGGCUGAGAUCCUGCAGGCCCGCUCCAUGGUCGAGGUGUGUGAGUGCUUCAAACUGAUCACUCAGGGAGCCUUUACAUACGACUGCCACACCUUCAUGCAGGAAAUCUUCAGGGAACCAGGAAGUCUCUCCAUGGCAACCAUCACUAAGCUGCGGAAGACGUACAGAGAGCGUAUCGUGGCGGAGGAGACCAGACUCUGCCCCUGACCACCACUAAUAACCUCCCUAAAGCAAUCGCCUUGCGGUUCGCCUGGCCGUGUUCCAGGUAAUUUUUGUUGACGCUAAAAAGAUUAUUAGAUCUCACAAUCCCUGGGGAAAUGUGUAAUAUCUCAGGAACCAUAUCAUGACAUCUGAGGUGCUAAAAUGGUCUGAGCGAUUGUAGUACCCCAUCUAACUGAAUAUUAUUUAUUUGUUCUCAGGUAGCAAUUCUUUGCAUUGUAAAAAGCUAACUAAUUUUCCUGUGGAAGGAUCUUAGGAACAAUAGGUUGGGGUUUGUUAGAGUGGAGUUUCUUUUUAAAUAUUUUUUUGAACCUUUAUUUAGUCCAGUUAAGAACAAAUUCUUAUUUUACAAUGACAGCCUACCGGGGAACAGUGGGUUAACUGCCUUGUUCAGGGUCAGAAUGACUCAGCUCAGGGAUUCGAUCCCGCAACCUUUUGGUUACUGUCCCAAUGCUCUGACCACUAGGCUACCUGCCGACCCCAAUAUGUAAGCAUAGGCUUGUUGGGUUGAAGAUAAUGAGGUGUCACCUCUGAAAUGAAGUCACGGGCUGUAGUCCACUCCUCCACGAAGUGUACACUCCCACCCAGGACUCGUCUAGGAAAAUAAAUUCCAGCCUAUACUUACACCAUCCAAAUGCUUUAAAUCCACGAACAAGUGCAUUCUUAGGCCCGAAUCCUAACUUGAUCUGUGCAUGUAUGUUUCUGCGCUAAUCUUCCAUUGAAUGCAUGAAUUAUGCUUGUUCUAUCAUACCUCUAUAGAUUUUGACUUUAGGGUAAAAGGUUUUGGAAUUGGACCUUUUUACUGUUUUGCCACAAUAAAGGACUGCUC